AAACCAUCAAGUACUGUAUUGCUAGAAAGGAAUGAGGAAGAAGAGAAGCACUGAGGAACUUCCUGUACCGGAUCCCUCAUGGGUGGAAGGUGGCUUGCAGAGCGGCUUUUGGGCUCUUCUAAAAGUUGAAGCAUCAGCUGGAAGACAAAGAUGAUGCCAACAUAAACACACUGGACAACUGAGAAUAACAAGGAACACUGAAAAGCAAAGCAAAUUGAAGCAGAAAUAAAAAUAUGUUCUAUUUCCUUCAGAAAGCUGCAGAAUUCAUCUACUUCAUCAACAGGAAAGAGACAGAAAAGAGAAAAUCAUGAAGAGAUUUGCAGCUGGAAAAAGUAGAUUAUAUAGAAUUUAAGAAUACGUUACUUGAAAAGGUCAAAGGAGAUCAUUUUUCCAUUCAGAAAAAGAGGGAAAUACCUGGAAGGCAGUGGGGAAGAAAAUGUCAAUUGGAUAGUCACAUAUGGCAGCCAGUAAUGCAGGCACCAACAAAAUAAGGAAUCACACAUAUUUUUGAUCUCCUCAAGAAUGUCAGUGAUGGAAAAGCUCCAUAGAUGUGCCUAUUGUGGGAAAAGUAAACAGUUCAUAUCACAAGAGGAUCCACACUGAACAAAAGCCAUAUAAAUACUCUGAAUGUGGCAAAACUUUAGUCAGAAUAGCUCCCUUGCGAUUCACAGACGGAUCCUCAUAGUAGAGAUGCCCUACAACUGCUCCCAAUGUGGUAAAUGCUUUUGCAAGCAUGGCAACUUUGUGAUACAUCAGAGGACUCACACCAGGGAGAAACCAUAUGAGUGUCCAGAUUGUGGGAAACGUUUCACAGCAAAUUCCCACCUGGUGAACCACCAGAGGACUCACACAGGAGAGAAACCCUUUGAAUGUCCUGAUUGUGGGAAAGGUUUCAGUUUCAAUUCCAGCCUGGUGAACCACCAGAGGACUCACACAAGAGAGAAACCCUUUGAAUGUCCUGAUUGUGGGAAACGUUUCAGUGAGAAUUCCAGUCUGGUGAACCACCAGAGGACUCACACAAGAGAGAAACCCUUUGAAUGUCCUGAUUGUGGGAAAGGUUUCAGUGUCAAUUCCAUCCUGCUGAUACACCAGAGGACUCACACAGGAGAGAAACCCUUUGAAUGUCCUGAUUGUGGGAAACAUUUCAGUGUCAGUUCCAACCUGCUGAUACACCAGAGAACUCACACAGGAGAGAAACCCUUUGAAUGUCCUGAGUGUGGGAAACGUUUCAGUGUCAAUUCCCGCCUGCUGAUACACCAGAGAAUUCACACAGGAGAGAAGCCCUUUGAAUGUCCUGAAUGUGGGAAAAGCUUCACUCAGACUUCCAGCCUGGUGAAACACCAGAGGACUCACACAGGAGAGAAACCCUUUGAAUGUCCUGAUUGUGGGAAAUGUUUCAGUGAGAAUUCCAGCCUGGUGAAACACCAGAGGACUCACACAGGAGAGAAACCCUUUGAAUGUCCUGAUUGUGGGAAAGGUUUCAGUGUCAAUUCCAGCCUGCUGAUACACCAGAGAACUCACACAGGAGAGAAACCCUUUGAAUGUCCUGAUUGUGGAAAAGGUUUCAGUGUCAAUUCCAUCCUGCUGAUACACCAGAGAACUCACACAGGAGAGAAGCCCUUUGAAUGUCCUGAAUGUGGAAAAAGCUUCACUCAGAAUUCGAACCUGGUGAAACACCAGAGGACUCACACAAGAGAGAAACAGUUUGAAUGUCCUCAUUGUGGGGAACGUUUCAGUCAGAAUUCCAACCUGGUGAAACACCAGAGGACUCACACAGGAGAGAAACCCUUUGAAUGUCCUGAGUGUGGGAAAGGUUUCAAUGUCAAUUCCCACCUGCUGAUACACCAGAGAACUCACACAGGAGAGAAACCCUUUGAAUGUCCUGUUUGUGGAAAAGGUUUCAGUGUCAAUUCCCACCUGCUGAUACACCAGAGAACUCACACAGGAGAGAAGCCCUUUGAAUGUCCUGAAUGUGGGAAAAGCUUCACUCAGAAUUCCAACCUGGUGAAACACCAGAGGACUCACACAGGAGAGAAACCCUUUGAAUGUCCUGAUUGUGGGAAAGGUUUCAGGGAGAAUUCCAACCUGGUGAAACACCAGCGGACUCACACAAGAGAAAAACCCUUUGAAUGUCCUGAUUGUGGGAAAGGUUUCAGUGUCAAUUCCCGCCUGCUGAUACACCAGAGAACUCACACAGGAGAGAAGCCCUUUGAAUGUCCUGAAUGUGGGAAAAGCUUCACUCAGACUUCCAGCCUGGUGAAACACCAGAGGACUCACACAGGAGAGAAACCCUUUGAAUGUCCUGAUUGUGGGAAAGGUUUCAGUCACAAUUCCCACCUGCUAAUACACCAGAGAACUCACACAGGUGAGAAGCCCUUUGAAUGUCCUGAAUGUGGGAAAAGCUUCAGUCAGAAUUCCUACCUGGUGAUACACCAGAGGACUCACACAGGAGAGAAACCCUUUGAAUGUCCUGAUUGUGGGAAAUGUUUCAGUCAGAAUUCCAACCUGGUGAAACACCAGAGGACUCACACAGGAGAGAAACCCUUUGAAUGUCCUGAUUGUGGGAAACAUUUCAGACAGAAUUUCCACCUCAUUGGCCACCAGAGGACUCACACAGGAGAGAAACCCUUUUAAUGUCCUGAUUGUGGGAAAAGUUUCAGUGUCAAUUCCUACCUGGUGAUAUACCAGAGGACUCACACAAAAGAAAACCAUACGAGUCUUCGGAUUGUUGGAAAGAUUUCAGUAUUUCGUCUAACCUUUACACACAGGAGAGAAACCUUUCCAAUGUCCAUUUUGUGAACAAUGUUUUAGGCAUAAAUCAUCUCUGAUUACUCACAAGAAAAUGCAUGAGGCAAAUAUUGAACAGUUUAGAGAAAGUUUGAAAUUCAUUUCUGAUCUCCCAUUCUGAGUAUAGAUGAGAAAUUGAUUAUUUAAAUUCUGGACUGAUUCUUUUUAGUCAAGAGAUCUCAGGAUUAGACUUGUAGGUGGGGAGAGAAAAAUGGAAAGUAUUAGUUUGAGAAAGGCUAACUACCUGUUUCUGAUUAUCAGCAGUACUUUCUGCAAACAGGCCUUUGGGUGGUGUUUUUUGUAUUUUGAUUAUGAAAUUCCGAUGUGGAGUUUCAGCCUUCUAUGUUGGUGAACUCCAGAUUUUGAACCUCACAAUUUCCCAGCCAGCAUACAAGUAAUACUCGAGAUACAACUGUGAUGAGAACCAACUAUUAUAAAUUCAUUUAGCAAUGGCAAUAGUGCUUUGGUUAACUAACCCCAUCCCAUGCUGUCUGUUAUGCAGCUAUUAAAUGAAUGUGCAAGUUGCUAAAUAGGACACUGGCUACCUCAGUGUUCGGGAAAACUCUCAGAGGCUUAGCCCAGGCCCAGGCUUGCCCACUUCCCACCAGGCAUCCCUAGGCCUCCUCCACCCUCACCCCCAAGACACGUAUGGUUCCCCCAAUGUAGGGGUGAAAUGCUACAGGUUUCCUCCGGUUCGGAGGAAGCCCCCCCCCACAAGCCUUCCCACAGAGUAACCCCCUAGGCCUUUUCCCACUCCCACUGGCUCCCUGCAGGCCUUAGGCCAUUCUGUCACGGGGCCUUCCAAUUACGAUUACACCUUGCAGCAGCUGUUUAACGAGACUGCUUUGCUUAAUUGCAGACUUAGGCUUUCCUUCCAAAGGCUUCCCGUAACCCAUCUCUUAGGUCUCCCCAGGACAUUCCUUCCCUCCCAGAGUCUCCCCAGGCCUCUUUCAUAAAACAGGGUCCCUGUAGUCCUUAGGUCGAAUUCCAACCAGGCCUCAUAGCGUCCUCCUCUUUAUCUUUUGAAGACAUCUGAACCUUAUAUUGGGGAAGGAGGGUAGGACGGAAAUCUCUCAGCUGUAUGACUAUUUCAUGGAAGCAGCCGUUAUUUUUACUGUGCCUGGGAUUCAUCGCUGGGCCCUGAGGUGGAUUUGUGGAAGUGGCUGCCAUUUUGCCACAACUGCCUCAGGACCAAAAUGGCGGCUGCUUCUGGGUCAUUGUCAUGCAGGAGAGGGAGAAACUGCUCUGUUUCGCUACCUUAACACUGUGCAGAAAGCCUUAAGGAAUUGUGGGUGCACUGAAAAUGAUGGCUGCUUCCAUGAGAUCUUGAAAAUUUACCUGUGAAAAAGGUGUUGGGCUUGUGGGGAGUAGGCCCGAGGCCCAGUGAAAAAAAGCAGUGUAACAUUUCAAAUGAAAAGCUUUUCUGCCUUGCAGAUGAACCUGGUGGAGAAGAGCUGUAGGAAUACUGAGUUGAGGAGAAAAGGGAUCGUGGCUUUGAUCACAAGAUCUCCAGGUUUAUUAGCAACUCCUGCUGUGAUCUCCUCUUCUUGGAAAUGCCUGCUUGUUACCCUUUGAUGGCUUCUGGGUGACACCAGCACCAUAUUGCUGACAUACGUGUUGCAUCCCCCUUUGAGUUGGUGAUAUGAGGGGAAAAAUGUACAAUGGAAAAUGUUUCAUUUUAAAAAACGCAUUGUGUAAGAACAAUACUUUUGACAAGAAAAAAAAGGGGAGUGUCAGUAUUGCUAUGAACAGUUGGGUAACACAAGAUUCUCAGACUUGCCUCAAACUGUGAGAUGGGCAGCGAAUAAAUUUAUUAAUCAAUAAAUUUAAUAAUAAAAAGGUAACAUAAA